UGGCUGCAGACACUGCGGACACUGCGGACAGACGGCCGCGACACCUCCGCCGCCGUACGUCGCGUUGCCGUUCUGCCGCCCUGCCGCCCUGCCGCGACGAGCAGACCACUCCGCCGGGACAGCACGCACAGCACGCAGAGCACGCAGCACAGUACCGCCGCCAGCAUGGAGAAGAAGAGGAAGGAGUCGGGGCCGGUGCCCACGGCGCCCUCGCUGACCACGCUCAACAUGUCCUCCAUGGUCACCUUGGCGGAAAAGAACCCCGACGGCGACUUCGGCGAGUACGACCCCUUCGCCCACAGGGAGACCACACACCAAUACUCGAACAUGGGCGCGCUGGCGCACCUGCUCAAGGGCAGCCUGGGCUCCGGCAUCCUGGCCAUGCCGCUGGCCUUCAAGAACGGCGGCCUCGUGUUCGGCGCCAUCGGCACGGUCCUCAUCGGCAUCGUGUGCACCCACUGCGUCCAGCUGCUGGUGCAGUCGGCGCAGAAGCUGUGCGUCCGGCGGCGCGUCCCCGCCCUGGACAUGUCCACCACGGCCGAGGCCGCCUUCCUCACCGGGCCGGCCCUGCUGCGGCCCUACGCCACCGUCGCCAGGCGGUUUGUGACGACGGCGCUGUUCUGCACCUACUACUUCGGGCUGACGGCGUACGUCGUGUUCAUGGCCGAGUCCAUCAAACAGGUCGUGGACCACUACGCCGGCAAGCCCGACAUCGACGAGCUGUCCUACACUCGGAUCUACAUCGCCCUGCUCGUCCUCAUCCUCAUCCCGCUGUCCAUGAUCCGCAAGCUGAAGCACCUGGUGCCCUUCUCCAUGGUGGCCAACCUGUGCAUCGUGGUGGGCUUCUCCAUCACGCUGUACUACCUGUUCGACCAGGUCAACGACCCCGCCACCCGCAGCUACGGCACCAGCCUCAAGGGGCUGCCCAUCUUCUUCGCCACCGUGCUCUUCGCCAUGGAGGGCAUCGGCACGGUCCUGCCAGUGGAGAACACGAUGCGUGAGCCCAAGAGACUCAUCGGCUGGAACGGCGUGUUGACCAUCGCCAUGGUGGUCGUGGUGGUGCUGUUCGCCGGCAUGGGCUUCUUCGGCUACCUCCGCUACGGCGAGGACGUCAAGGGCAGCAUCACUCUCAACCUCCCCGCUGAAGAAAUCCCCGCCCAGGCCGUGAAGCUGCUGCUGGCGGUGGCCAUCCUCUUCACGUACCCGCUGCAGAUGUACGUGGCCAUCGGCAUCGUCUGGGACCAGCUGCUGCCGCACCUGCGCACCUCCCUGCACGAGGUGGCGCAGAUCACCAUGCGCGUCGUCAUGGUGCUGGGCACCAUCGUGACGGCACUGGCCGUGCCCAAGCUGGGCCCCGUCAUCUCCCUCAUCGGGGCCCUCUUCUUCUCCAUCCUGGGGCUCUUCAUCCCCGCCGUGGUGGACACGGCCACGGAGUGGGUGCAGGACGGCGGCGCCUGCCGCAAGAACGUGUACCUGUUCGUCAAGAACGGCAUCCUGGUGGUGGUGUCGCUGCUGUCCGUCGUGGCAGGCUCCUACUCCUCCGUGCUGGACAUCAUCAGCGCGUACGGCGAGGGUGCCAACCCCGCCAACCCCAGCAGCUAAGCAUGCGGCGCGGCGCGACCCGGCGGAGAUACUCCCUGCGCCCCUCGCGCGCGCUGGCGCGUGGAGUAUCUGCGACGGGGAAUGCCCCUCCCCUCUUUCCCCUGCCUUGCCGCCUUGCCGAUCGGACCGCCGCAGACACGCUGGCGCCGGCUAGGCGCUCCUGGCCUGGCGCGCUGCCCGGUUUCGCACCGGCACGCGGCGCGCGGGUCAUGGAGUCAUGCCACCGCUCCAGACAGAACAUCGUUGAUUUCUGCACGCAGGCAGCGACCUUCCCACCCACGAUUGUUUCGUGUUUUAAUGUGUUUUAGUUUUUAGUUUUCUUGUUCGGAAGACGUUUUACCGACGUCUUUUUGAUCUCAAGGAACUUGCCGAUGCCAUGCGGAAGUAUAACGCCGUGUGGAAAAGGUCUCCGCGUGGCGGGUAGAGAUCGAGACCGCGAGUGCGAGGAGUGCGAUGAGCGCGGGGUGUUUCAAAUCCAUUCACUUUAGCAGCGGUGCUUCAAAAGGAGGCACACAAAACGUUUUCGCAUUAGUUCCCCUUCAAACGAGCUAAACAUGUUUUGAAACACCCUGCAGGAAGGUGAAUGAGCUUAACAAACGGAGUUUUUAAUUUCUAGAAUUGAAUGUGUUGCUUAUAGCUGUAACAUGAAAAUUAUUAUAAGAGACGUUACCUAUCCAGUGAGGUUGAAAUGUAUGGCACUCUGUGAUAGCCUACCAAGCACAUGUUUUUAAAUGCAUUCCGGUAGAGAAAUGUGCAAGCUUUAAACACACCUUUGACUUUAUUCUGUGAAUAAUAGAAACUUAUUUACUAAAGAAGAGAGAACUACAUUCUACAUCUCAUGUUGCCAAGAUGGUCAUCUUCUUUCUAGCUUAAAUCUUGUGAUAUUUCGUAAAAGUGUACAGCUUUGUGUAAUAUAGUGUAUAUUUUGUGUCAUAUCAUUAAUAAUUUUUUAUCUAAUUAAAUUAAGACUUUGAGGCGGUAGUCUCAACAUAAGAGUUCCUCUGAAUACGGUCUACAAACAGUUCUUUAUUAAGGCAAUAAAUCGCACAAAACUUGAUUCCUCAAGCGGUGAGACAGUAACAUUGCCUCUGUGGAGAGCAUGCUGGCAAUAUUUUUAUUUUGAGUUGUUAUUUUAUUACCAAUACGAGUUUUCAGUUUUGAUUGUUGACAGAAGCUCAAAACUAAAGACUGUAGGUUGUAGUUUUGCUCUCCCAUGACAUGUUAUUCCAUGGUAAUUUCCUUUAUUUCUUAGUUUGCUGAAUGUUAAUUGUAAAAUCUAAAACCUACUGUGAUCAGAAUAUUUUAUGACCGGUUCGGCGUAAGAAAUUUUCUCUGUGACUUAAAGCUAAAUUUGUGUGUAUUUAUAUAUAUGUGGAACAAGCAAUAAAUUUUGCUUUAAUCAUUAAGGACCAUAAAUAAUCAACUGCUCAAUUUAAUUUCCUCUCUAAUCUUUAAUAAAAAUAGAAUGAAAGACAAAGAACGUAUAACACAAAAUACACUAAUGGCUUGGAAAUAAAUAAAUUCCAAAACUU